AGACCUGGCUUCUUCCAGUGCUGGGAUGGGCUCGUGGGCGGCUGGAAGCCCCGGAGAGCCCAGCUGCUACUAUCAGCUGCACCCCCAGGCUAGCAGAACAGCAGCCAUAAAGAGGCCUGGGGCAGGCCGGGUCCGGACAGUGACUCCUGCCAGUGGGGUAAGUGAGGGUGGACAGGAAGAGCAGGCCGGGCUAGGCCGGACCCCCAGCCGGGCUCCACAGCCAGCCAUGUGCCACCUCCCAGCACCUCCAGGCUUUCCUGCUUGGCUCCUCCUCCUCCCAUUCAAGCCUCUCCCCUUCCUUCUACCAAGAAGGGAAGGGGGCAGAAAGGUUCUAGACUAGUUCUGGGAGGGAAGAACCUGAGAUGGGGCAGGGAGUCCAGGAGUUCUCGGGCAAGGGUACUGGGAAAGGAGGUUUGUUUUGGGAGAAGCAGCUGGGGAAGGAUGCCGGCAGGGAGGAGAUGGGGAGGAAGGGCUGGGGAGGUGGGAGCCUGAAAUGGGAGAAGGGAGGAGGGCUCAGUGUGAGAAAGGGGGGGCAGGGGUAGUUGGAGCAUCUUGGGGAAGGACGUAUGGAAGAGGGACCCUGAAGUCUGGGAAUGUGGCAAAGACAGAAAGAGGGAAGCCAAGGGAAGGACUUGGGGGAUGUUAGGGAGCCCUAGAAAGGGUUCAAAUUCAAAAGGGGCCGGUGGGGAGUCAGAGCAGAGCUGGGGGAGCGGGGGUGGCAGGGGGACAAGCCGGCCCUGAGAGCGUCCUUCCUUCUCUCCUGCAUCCAGAUCAAAGACCCGGCCGAAUCCCACCUGGCAACACCCCCCGGCUCCCUUCUCCUUCAGUAUGGCUGCCGGCCCCAGCCCCAGCUGGUUCUGCCUCCUCUUUGUCUUCCUUUUGGGGGGUGCAAGGGCUGAUGGGUCUCGAAAGGCUAACCCCGAACAAAUACAUUUGUCCUACCCAGGUGAGUACCCAGGCCCCCCCACAGAGCCGGCCUCGCGUCUGGCCAGAGCCCGCCUGCCUGGGAGCCGGAGCCCUGACUGCUGGGCCCGCUCCAUUUCCCUUCCCCCCGCUCUCCCUGCAGGGGAACCUGGUUGCAUGACGGUGAUGUGGACCACGUGGGUGCAAGCUGCCUCGGAGGUCCAGUUUGGGCUGCAGAUCGGGGGCAUUCUGCCCCUGCGGGCCCAAGGCACCUCCAGCCUCUUCGUGGACGGCGGCAUCCUGAGACGGAAGCUGUACAUGCACCGCGUCACCCUGAGGGGGCUGCUGCCGGGGGUCCAGUACGUGUACCGCUGCGGCAGCGCCCAGGGCUGGAGCCGCAGGUUUCGCUUCCGCGCCCUCCAGUCUGGGCCCGGCUGGAGCCCCCGUCUGGCUGUCUUUGGGGACAUGGGGGCUGACAAUCCGCAGGCUCUGCCCCGCCUUCGGAGGGAGACCCAGCAGGGCAUGUAUGAUGCGAUCCUGCACGUGGGAGACUUUGCCUACAACAUGGACCAGGACAACGCCAGAGUCGGGGAUACCUUCAUGAGGCUCAUCGAGCCAGUGGCCGCCUCGGUCCCCUACAUGACGUGCCGGAACCACGAGGAGCGCUACAACUUCUCCAACUACCGAGCGCGGUUCAGCAUGCCGGGGGACACGGAAGGACUUUGGUACAGCUGGGACCUGGGGCCUGCCCACAUCAUCUCCUUCUCCACUGAAGUCUAUUUCUUCCUCCACUAUGGACGCCACCUGAUUCAGAAGCAGUUCCGCUGGCUGGAGAGGGAUCUGCAGAAAGCCAACAACAACCGGGCUCUGAGGCCGUGGAUUAUAACGAUGGGGCACCGUCCCAUGUACUGCUCCAACGCCGACCUGGAUGACUGUACACGGCACGAGAGCAUAGUCAGAAAAGGCCUUUCCGGCGGUCGCUACGGCUUGGAGGAUCUCUUCUACAAAUACGGAGUUGACCUGCAGCUGUGGGCUCAUGAACACUCCUACGAGCGCCUCUGGCCCAUCUACGACUACCAGGUCUAUAACGGAAGCCGAGAGAAUCCUUACACCAACCCCCGAGGACCUAUUCACAUCAUCACAGGAUCUGCUGGCUGUGAGGAGCUGCUGACCCCUUUUAGCCCUUUUCCGAGGCCUUGGAGCGCCAUCAGGGUGAAGGAGUACGGCUUUACCCGCCUGCACAUUCUCAAUGGCACCCACCUCCAUUUGCAGCAGGUGUCUGAUGAUCAGGAUGGGAAGAUUGUGGACGACGUGUGGCUGGUCAGACCCAAGCGAGGCCGCAGGACCUACCUCUGA